AUGGGUCCGGUCAUGCCUCCCAGUAAGAAGCCGGAAGCUUCUGGGGUCAGUGUUACGAGUGGCCUGAGCCAGCUGUACCAGGCGGGUUCCAUCACGCGGGUGCUGCGGGAGGUGGAGGAGAUGGAGCUGGCCCUGCCGCUGCCGGCCAUCAAGCUGGAGAAAGCCAGCAUGGAGGACGAGGAGCUGACCAACCUCAACUGGCUCCAUGAGAGCAAGAACCUGCUCAACAGCUUUGGCGACCCUGUGCUGCGGAGCGUGAGCCCCGUUCAGGAGCUCUAUGACGACACCCCGCCCUCUCCUGCCCCAUCAGACGUCCCGUACGACGCCAAGCAAAACCCCAACUGCAAGCCUCCUUACUCUUUCAGCUGCCUCAUCUUCAUGGCCAUAGAAGACGCGCCCUCCAAGAGGCUUCCCGUUAAGGAUAUAUACAACUGGAUCCUGGAACACUUCCCAUAUUUCGCCAACGCCCCGACGGGCUGGAAAAACUCAGUCAGGCACAACCUCUCCCUCAAUAAGUGUUUUAAGAAAGUGGACAAGGACAGGAGUCAGAGUAUUGGUAAGGGCUCCCUGUGGUGCAUAGACCCGGAAUACAGACACAAUCUCAUCCAGGCGCUGAAGAAAACGCCUUAUCAUCCCUACUCCCAAGUGUUCACCACGCCUCCCACCUCUCCUCAGGCAUAUCAAAGCAUGUCCAGUCCUCCAAUUUGGCCAGGAAGCCCCUUCUACAGAAAAAACAAGGGAGUUCUCCUACAAGUCCCUCAGGGAGUGAUCCAUAACGGAGCUCGUAUGAUGAGCCAGGGCCUCUUCCCAGGAAUCCGACCCCUUCCCAUCAGCCCUAUUAGCAGCAGAACGGCCGCAGUCAGGUCAGUCCUGGCUGGCUGCAGAAUGCGUAGCGACAGCGAGCCGUCCUGCGACUCUCCGCUGGUCAGCAGCGACCCCAAGGAGGACCACAACUACAGCUUCGCCAAAUCUUCCAGCUCCACACCUGGAGAGCAAACCCCCCACGACUGCAGCCAGGCCAGCUUCCAUGGCAACGAGGCCGGCAGCGACACAGAGGAGGAGGACAAGCUCAAGAUCAAAAAGGAGCCCAAGGAGUGGUCAGUGGACGCUCUUGCCCUGGCCCAGGCCCAGCACAAGAAACGGCAACAUUUGAUAAAGCCCAAACAGAGAGUGGCCAGUGACAUGCUGCCCUUAAAAAAGAGGCGCACAGAGAAGCCUCCAGAGAGCGAUGAUGAGGAGAUGAAGGAGGCGGCCGGCUCUCUGCUCCACCUGGCUGGCGUUAGGGCCUGUUUGAACAAUAUCACCAACCGGACGGCCAAGGGCCAGAAAGAGCAAAAAGAGUCCAUGAAAAAUAAUUAAUUGACUGUGUAAUAAGGAAGAAGAAAACAUCACUUUUAAUAGAAUUUACUAUUUUUUUCCAGGACAUCAGGUGAAUUCUACUGAUUUGUGGCAAUAUCAACAAUCACUUUGUUUUCCUAUCUUUAUAGGUAAUGUUAUUGAGGGUUUUUUUAUUUUCUGUCUUUUUUUAUUUGUUUGUUUGUUUUGUUUUGUUUUCAAAGGAGAUUAAAGCCAUAGCAAAACCUUUCUAAGAUAUUCAGCUAAUUCAGUAACGGGUUUUAUUUGGCUGAUAUUAAUAUAAAAGUGAUUGAAAUAAGCAGAAACCUGCCCCUUUGUCCUUGUCUGCGCACUUAUUGGCAUGCUUAGAGAGUCUGACAGUCUGUUCCCGUCAACAUACGACCAUCUUUUGGGUGAGUUGGUGGUGCAACUACAUUGAGGCAGGGCAGCAAGGGCUUGCGUAUGUGAAAUUUGGCUGCUAGCGCAGUGCUCCUUCCUGCCGUGACUUGUGGAGAAGCACGGGCAGGGCAGUGCCAAAGACAAUCCCUUUGUUGGCCAGCUUGAGGAGCACUGCACUUCUUUUUAAUGGUGGGGUGUGACUGCACUUGCUGCCCUGACUGCUCAUCCCAUCCAGCAAUGCAGCACAUUGGAGGAGAGAACACUUUUGGUCUUUGUUAGAGUUUCUGUCGUUGGAUUGUUGGUAGCUACCAAGAGUCAUAUUUACCGAAGUCCACCGUCAAUAAGUUCUAAGCCAUAAGCCUUUGUCAAAGUGCUUUUUGGAGACAAAUAAUGUACUAUAUAUAUAACCGUAUGUAUUGAGACAUCCUGAUAGCUGCCCUUGUUCUUCCCUAAGCAAUCAAAACGAGUGAUAUUGUUCUAAUGGAGUAAAGUGACAGUGGUAUUUCUUUUGUGGCACAAUAAAACUGAUGGUCUAUAACCCUUGAUGGAUGCUACAAAACCUGCCAGUUGUAUUUUAGUGAUAAAAUAAUGAGAAGACUGUGGAUUUUGUUUAUUUCUUUUGCUUAUUUGUUUUAAUUUUUGUUCUUUUUUUGCCUAACCCUCAUAAUGUAAUAAGCAAUUUCAUCCAGUCAGGAUAACACUGUAUAAAAGUUACACUAGACUUUUUUUUUCUUAAUUUAAGCAAUGUAGCCAGCAGGAUUUUCCAAAUCGUGUUGCAUGGGUUCUGUAAAGAAAAAGAAAAAGGAAAAAAAAUGUUUUCUUUUUUUUUUUUUAAAUUCAAAAGUUCAUGUAAGGUAAAUAAUGUAUUUAGCAUGGAGCAUGAAUUAUUUUCAUAUAAAUAAUAGAUCCUAGAGAACAAAAGGCACCGCCUCUAAUUUCUAUGCCCAUAGGCCUAGAGUCACUUUUGUUGUUUUGUUGUCUUAAUUUGAUCGGUUGUCCUCAUCAUACUUGUUUUGAAGCAGGCAUUUAAAGAAUAAACCUUCUUCAGGGACAAACACUGACUGUUGGGCAACACUCUGUGCAAUAUGGGGACGUUACUACACGAGUAGGGCUCGGUCAGUCUGCAGGCUGGCCUCCGUCUACACUCUCAGCCCCUCUCAGCUCUCUCGGUCGAUACUGCUCCAGUGUUUGAGAGGUCAGCGCGGUCACUGUCUCGGUGUCAGUAAGGAGAAGUUGGUAGUGAGUGUGGGUCCUCCGCAUCCGCCGCGGCUUUGUGCCUGCUUUUCUUCCAUGUGCCGUGCUCCAUGUGUCGGUGCCAGUGAUUUCCGGGGGUCUUCCAUAUGUACGCAGCACAGGACUCUGGUCCGGUCCACACAACGAUACGCAGCGAUCUCAUGGUUUCUCUUACGAUUUGCAUUGUAGCACUGUUCAGGAAAAUUGUCAGUAUUAAGUUUGCAGGUCUACAGAUACAAUAACAAUAGGACAUGAUAUGCGCAGCGGCAUAUAUUUGACUAAAUUCCGCCAGAUUGCACUUUUUAUUGGUUUAACUCAAGGUAAUAAUCGUACCUUUUAAGUUUUAUUUACAAAGUCAGUGCCAAAGCCUGUAAUAACUAACUUUAUACACAGCAAAACGGCCAACACGUACUUGAUGAUACUAUGUGAGAUGAACCUGUCAAUGAGUUGUAGCAUUACUGUCAGUUACCCAUGUAUAAUAUUCACAUUUGUUGAUAUCACAUUAUUGGCUGUAAAUUGCUCAUCUACAUACGGUCCUUUUCCUCCUCAUGGUGACAGUCUCUAUCCCAAUGUCUGUAGCGUGUUGAAUGUCAUCUGGACCAUUAGUGAGUGCCAUUGUGAUCUCUCCAGUUGGCAUGCCUGUUCCAGCCAUACGUGUUUAUGAAGUUCAUCUCUGCAUCCUCACCCAAAGCCAAUGUUAUUAACCUUAUUACUGAGAACAGAAAUGUGACUCUGAAUAUGCAGAGAGUCUCCUGCCAGCUUUUCCGUUCCAAAUAGAGGAAAAAAACAGUGGCAGAAAAGUCAUUUCUCCAUUGUUCUUUAGAAAAAAAAGAAAAAAAAAGAAAAGGCAACACUCACUACGUAACUUUUCCUUUCUAUUCUCUUCAGAGAGAACAAAGAAAAACAAAAAAGGCUGUGAAAGGAUGAAGAGGCGAGUGGAGGCGCAUCAGAAAGCAUUAACCCAAGCCAGGCAAAUAACGGUCAAUAAGUGGUCUUCUCGUUUCCUUGUGUUUUUAUCAUUGUUUGUUUGGUUCCUGUUGUUAACUGCCAUUUUUUAACUGAAUUGUUUUGGCAAGUCUUUUUUUGUUGUUGUUUUCUUUCCUUUUCUUUUCUUUGUUUUGUUAAAGAACAGAGCGAUGGAGUCCAUUUGGUCUGAUGGCAUGUGCACCCGGCUGAAGUGUCGAUAUGGAGGCAUACUUGCACUCUGUAUUUCCUUGACGUGUAAUCAUAUUGCCAAAGACAAUUUCAUCAAUAUGUAAAUAUCACUUUGUCCAUUACUAUGGAAAAAAGGUUACUUUUUAUUUCCUGUUUGUUUUGUUGUUUUUUUUUCCCGACCUACCAUCACGUUUCUGUGCUGUAUUGUCUUCCAGUUGCAAUAAAAAAAAGAGUUGCAAAGGUGA